AUGUCAACAGAAGAUGUUGAUGGUCGAUGUCAACAUGACCUUAAAGUGUCUCUGAAGAAGAAGUUUCAAUGUGUCUCUGAAAGUGUUGGUAAAGCUGGAGAGAAAACCUUUCUGAAUGAGAUCUACACAGAGCUCUACAUCACAGUGGGAAAGACUGCAGGGGUCAUUUAUGAGCAUGAGGUCAGAAGGAUUGAAGCAGCAUCCUGGAAACAGAACAGAUCAGGAACCAGAAUCAGACCAGAAGACAUCUUCAAUCCACCUAGAAGAAGGGAUCAGAUCAGAAGCGUGAUGACAAUGGGCGUGGCUGGCAUUGGGAAAACAGUCUUAACACAGAAGUUCACUCUAGAUUGGGCUGAAGGAAGAACCAACCAGAACAUCCAGUUCAUAUUUCCAUUCACCUUCAGACAGCUGAAUGUUCUGAAAACGAAAAAGUUGAGCUUGGUGGGACUGAUUCAUAAACACUUUAAGCCAAUCAGAGAUGCAGGGAUCCACAGCUUUGAAGACUUCCAGGUUAUUUUCAUCCUAGAUGGUCUGGAUGAGAGUCGACUUUCUCUCAACAACAAUAAGAUCUUGACUGAUGUUACAGAGUCCACCUCAGUGGAUGUUCUGCUGACUAACCUCAUCAACGGGAAACUGCUUCCCAAGGCUCUCCUCUGGAUAACCACACGACCUGCAGCAGCCAAUCAGAUCAAAAAUGAGUUCAUUGACAUGGUGACAGAGGUCAGAGGGUUCACCGACCCACAGAAGGAGGAGUACUUCAGGAAGAGGUUCAUAGAUGAAAAAAAGGCCAGCAGAAUCAUCUCCCACAUUAAAAGAUUAAAAAGUCUCUUCAUCAUGUGUCACAUUCCCAUUUUCUGCUGGAUCACUGCUGAUGUUCUAGAGGGUUUGUUGGAGACCAGAGAUGGAGGAGAGCUGCCAAAGACCCUGACUGGGAUGUACAUCCACUUCCUGAUGCUUCAGAUGAAGCGUAAAAUGAUCAAGUAUGAUGGAAGACAGAAGACAAAGUCCCCAUGGACUCCAGAGAACAUCAAGAUGGUUCAGUCCCUGGGAAAACUGGCCUUAGAGCAGCUGCUGGAAGGAAACCUGAUCUUCUAUAAACCAGACCUGGAAAAGUGUGGCAUCAACAUCAAAAAUGCUUCAUGGUUCUCAGGAGUGUUCACUGAGAUCUUUAAAGAGGAGAGAGGGAUGGACGACAUCUCAGUCUACUGCUUUGUUCAUCUGACCUUCCAGGAGUUUCUGGCUGCAGUCUACAUGCUCCACUGCUUCACCAGCAGGAACACGGAGGUGGUGGAGAACUUCCUGGGAGAAGAAUACAGAGAAACAUCCCUAGAGGAAUUCAUGAAGAAAGUCAUGGAGAAAUCCUUCAGCAGUGAAAAUGGCCACCUGGACCUGUUUGCUCGAUUCCUUCAUGGCCUCUUGGUGGAGUCCAACCAGAGCCUCUUAGGAGGCCUGCUGGGUCAGAUGGAAAUUGUUCUAGGAACCGUCAUCAACAAUCUGAAGGAGGUGAAAACUGAUGAAGAUGUUUCUCCUGAUAGAAGCAUCAACAUCUUCCACUGUCGUCUGGAGAUUCAGGACCUCUCAGUUUAUCAGGAGAUCCAACAGCUCCUGAAAUCAGGGAAGUACCUCUCAGAGAUCCAGUGCUCAGCUCUGGCCUACAUGCUGCAGAUGUCAGAGGAGGUUCUGGAUGAGUUGGACCUCGAGAAGUACAACACAUCAGAUGGUGGACGACAUAGACUGGUUCCAGCUGUGAGGAACUGUAGAAAGGCUAGGUGA